AUGGCUGCUUUUAAAAAGACGAAUGAUGAGAAAAAAUCAGAUGAAGAAAAAAAUGAUACUGCUGCUAUCGUGUCUGAUGAUGAUGAUGUUAUUUUGACAACUUGUGUUGAUGAAACUCAGACUUUGAAAAGUGAUAAAGGGUAUUUUGAGUUGGGCCGAACCAAAUAUAUUUGUGUUCUUAUUCUUAAUCUGAAUGCUACUGCGGGUACAUGUGAAGAAAUGAUUAAAAGGGCCGUAUUUGCCAAAGAAUUGGGAGUUCCCAUCGUAAUGCAUGACUACUUAACAUGUGGGUUCACUGCAAAUACUAGCUUGGCUCAUUAUUGCCGAGAUAAUGGCCUACUUCUUCACAUCCAUCGCGCAAUGCACGCAGUUAUUGAUAGACAGAAGAAUCAUGGUAUGCACUUUCGUGUACUAGCUAAAGCUUUACGACUGUCUGGUGGAGAUCAUAUUCACUCUGGUAUUGUAGUAGGUAAACUUGAAGGAGAGGUCAUUUUGAGUUGGACCGAACCAAAUAUAUUUGUGUUCUUAUUCUUAAUUUGA